AUCAAUCCCUCUACAUGUGCGACUGCGCAGGAGUGUUCAACCACAUCACGAACGAUAUGAAUCCAUGCAGUGUUGCAUUCACCGCGCGUUAUGGAACACUACGAAGCGCAGCAUCGCAGCCUAUCGAUUGGCGAUGCGUACCUGGUGCCACGCCGCUUCUGAUUCGUCGAGCAAGCGAGACAUCGGCGCUCGGCCUAGCUCACAAUGAGGGUCCUGGCUCACAGACACAUGAGCAUAUCGAUAAAGUCAUCGCAUCGGUCUGUGCCGACAACGGUGAUGCCGUCGCCAAUCCGGCGCUCCGCUCGGGCAGCGCAACCGCCUCCCAGUAAGCCACCUGCACCGACCUCGAACUCCUCCACCUCUUCGCUUUCCUCACGACAAGACCGAAACACAAAGUCGACAAAUGCGCACCAGAAGUCAGUCACACCGCACUCGCUGUCUAGCGAAGAGAUGAGCGAGCCACCUCGUCGCAGCCAGCGCGCCCAGCCCACCAAAGAGGCGACCACCGCAACCGGGAAAGAGCACAGCGGCGGAGCUGGUGGUGACGAUGAGGAGGUGACGCGCUGCAUCUGCGGCCAGCAAGAAUAUCCCGGUCCACCGCUCAGCGAGGUGUUCAGCAACGCAGACACGCCGGGCGACGACGCUGGUGGACUGUUCAUCCAGUGUGACGGCUGCAGCGUUUGGCAACAUGGCGGAUGCGUUGGCAUUGUGGAGGAGAGCCAAAGUCCGGACAAAUACUACUGCGAGGAGUGCAGGCCGAAGUUGCAUGAUCAGCACACAGACUCGAGAGGUCAGCCAUAUUCGAACUAUCUUCCUCUCCAUCCACAGGCGAGGCGAAAGUCCUCAGUGAGCAAGAGCGAUGACAAAGCGAAGAGAGAGCGAGAGACGACGGCGUCGCGCGCCAGCGCCGAUCCGGUCACUGGGCGCCGCCGCGCCACAAUGAGAAGCAAAGAGCACGACGAUGAAGAAGAGCAGUUACAGCGUGCGCUGGAGGAGAGCAAGAAGGAUGUCGAACCUUCCGGCAACGGCCGAAAGAACGGAAAGAGCGCAAAGAGGAACCGCGAUGAGAGCGAAGAUGUCAAACCGGAGACCAAGCGCCAGAGAACGGGCUCCGAGUCGCUCACGUCCAUAUCGCGCACCGCCACGCUUGAUGAAGAUUCGGACGAUGACACUACCACGGCCAGCAAGCUUAAGAGGGCUCGUGCCGAAGCGGUACAGUCGGCGCGUCAGGCAGAAUUGCGGGAGAAGGAGAAGGAGCGGGAGAAAGUACGGGCGGAGGCCGCAGGGCGAAGACAGGAACGCGCAGGUCGCAGGCGUGUGGAUGAAGCUGAAGACGAGACACCAAAGCCAGACGUGAGCUCCAGAAGCUCGCCUCCAGCGUCUCCACUACCUGCCAGUCCGCCGACAUUCGUAGCACCAGAUAAACCGGCGCAAAGGAAAGCACCCGUGAAGAAGACGAAGAAGCUCGGUAACAACCAAUACACUAAGACUCACGAACUGUCAAACAUGCCCUCCACCUCCUCGCCUCACAGCAAGAAGCGGCAUCUGGUGGGAGGUGGCCAUGUGAGCAGUGGCGAUGAACAGGCGGCCAACGGCGACUCCCAUCAGACCACCACAAGCAACAGCACGAACAAGAACAGCCCUGGCGCUCAUGAGAUCAAUGGCGGGAUGGCUAGCAUAGUCAAGGUCACUGGAAAGUUCGGCAAGGGCAAACACAAAGCCGUCAACGGCCUGACCAAGGCUGCUAUGGACCCGCAAGAACUGAGUUUGACGGAUAUGGAGCGCAACAUGGACGCCAUGAGCGCGUUCAUGCAGCGCGCUCAGCUGGACAUAGCGGGCGAUCGCACACCACCGGGUGUGAAGAUGCAUCUUCCGGGCGCUGAGGUGGGUGUUGCCGUCCGGCCGCCAGCCCCGACGUCGGCGGGUGUGAUAGAGAGCAGGCCGUUUGAGCAGCUGAGCAGUAUGGAGAUGGCGGACGUGAUCAGUCGAAAUAUCGAGAAGUGGAAGCAGAGGUUUGGGCAGCCGCAGGUGGCGCAGGCGGCUUGAUGGAGGAUGUGUGUGUGAGACACAGCGAUGGACGACCGGACGGCCGACUUGGCUGCAAAGCAGGUGGACCUUUACCCUAGCGAUGGCAGUCCAGCCUCAGGACGCUCGUGCUAUGCGGCUACGAUAGAGACGCCCGCCUGCAGCCAAGGUCUCAGACAGUGACAACUUUG